CCGCCCGGCCCCGCCAUGGCGCUGCGGCGCCUCCUGCUGCUGCUGCUGCUGCUGCUCUCGCUGGAGUCCCUGCACCUGCUGCCCGGCGCCCGCGCCGCCCGCGGCCGCGCCGCCAACCGGACCCUGAGCGCCGGCGCCGCUGCCGUCGGGGGCCGGCGGCCCGGGGGCGCCCCGGCCCGGGGCGGCCGGGAGCUGAACGGCACCGCCCGGGCGCCCGGCGGCCCCGAGGCGGGGAGCCGGCGGGGGCAGCCCGCGGCGGCGGUGGCGGCGGCCAGCGCGGCCGUCACCUACGAGACGUGCUGGGGCUACUACGACGUGAGCGGCCAGUACGACAAGGAGUUCGAGUGCAACAACAGCGAGAGCGGGUACCUGUACUGCUGCGGCACCUGCUACUACCGCUUUUGCUGCAAAAAGCGCCACGAGAAGCUGGACCAGCGCCAGUGCACCAACUACCAGAGCCCGGUGUGGGUGCAGACGCCCAGCACCAAGGUGGUGUCGCCGGGGCCCGAGAACAAGUACGACCCGGAGAAGGACAGGACCAACUUCACCGUGUACAUCACCUGCGGGGUCAUCGCCUUCGUCAUCGUGGCCGGCGUCUUCGCCAAGGUGUCCUACGACAAGGCCCACCGCCCUCCGCGGGAGAUGAACAUCCACAGGGCUCUGGCCGACAUCUUAAGACAACAGGGACCAAUCCCCAUAGCACACUGUGAAAGAGAAACUAUCUCAGCUAUCAAUACCUCUCCCAAAGAGAACACACCGGUCAGAUCGUCCUCCAAAAACCACUACACCCCCGUGCGUACGGCCAAGCAGACUCCAGGACAUUAUGGGAAGGAUACCCACCGAAGUGGAGGACCCGAUCUCCAUAACUUCAUCUCAUCUGGAUUUGUCACGUUAGGAAGAGGACACACGAAGGGUGAUCGUCAGUAUAACCAUCCGAUUUUAAGCAGUGCUACCCAGACCCCUACACAUGAAAAGCCACGGAUGAACAACAUCCUGACGUCGGCCACGGAGCCCUAUGACCUCUCCUUCUCCCGCUCCUUCCAGAACUUGGCCCACCUGCCCCCAUCCUAUGAGUCUGCGGUGAAGACCCACCCCAGCAGGUACUCAUCCCUGAAGCGGCUAACUGACAAAGAGGCUGACGAAUAUUACAUGAGGCGGCGGCAUCUGCCUGACCUGGCCGCCCGCGGCACCCUCCCCCUCAACGUCAUCCAGAUGUCCCAGAAGCCCUUACCGCGGGAGCGGCCCCGCCGGCCCAUCCGGGCCAUGUCACAGGACAGGGUUCUGUCCCCAGAGCGGGGCCUGCCCGACGACUUCGGCUUGCCCUAUGACCGCAUCCUGUCCGACGAGCAGCUGCUCUCCACGGAGCGCCUGCACUCCCAGGACCCGCUGCUGUCCCCGGAGCGGACGGCCUUCCCCGAGCAGUCCCUGUCGCGGGCCCUCUCGCACACGGACGUCUUUGUGUCCACGCCCGUGCUGGACCGCUACCGCAUGACCAAGAUGCACUCCCAUCCCAGUGCCUCCAAUAACUCCUACGCCACGCUGGGCCAGAGCCAGACGGCCGCCAGGCGCCAGGCCUUCGCCUCCCGCAGACACAACACGGUGGAGCAGUUGCACUACAUCCCGGGCCACCACACCUGCUACACGGCCAGCAAGACGGAAGUGACCGUGUGACUGGCCGGGCGGGGCGGGGCGGGGCCGGGAGCGGAGCCCCUAGCCGCGUGUGGCCGCCCUGCCUUGUCCCCUCUGCGGGAGGUGGGGGCGCGCCGCCUCUGCCCAGAAAGCCAUACGCCGGGAGACACGGCGGUGGCCUGGCCAGGCACACUCACACCUGGGAUCUAGAGCGAUCUCUCUCACUCUUCCAGAAGCAUCCAGGGGAGUGAGGGGAGGGGCUAGGCCCCAGCCCCGCCUCCCCCUCCCGCCCCCCCCCCACCACUAACUCCCUUCAGCCCCAUGUCCCGUCCCCCCUGCAGGUUCUGUCGGCCGAGAGACCCUGGCCUGACCUUGGUCCCAAGCCCCCCAUCCCCCGGGUUUGGACUGGCCAGCAGGUGCAGUCAACGGGCUGACCAAAUAGGCUACUUGGUCUCAUUCAUUUCCCUUCGACCGCAUCACAGAAAUCUUCUAGUGCCUACAAACUGUCUGCUUGCUCUCUCAGAACCAGGGAGCUGCUGUGUCCAUAAGCACAAUAACGUUCUCUUCUGCCUGCUGGAACUCUCUGGUCCCCACCGAGUGGCCCUUCCCCCUGCCCUGCACCCCUCCCCCAAGCCCCGGGAUAGGGAGGGGUUCCCUUUCUUCAGCUGCCUCCCCCGUUGUGGGGAACCCCCCCCCCACCCAGUUCUAGCUGGUUGCCCCACCUGCAGCCCCCGCCCCCCACCGACCCCCUCCUCGGGCUCUAGGCGUGUGGCCCCCGAGCUCUCUGGGGCUUUGCUGGAGCCCACCCAGAGGAAAGUCACAAUGGGGUACAGGGACUUUGGGGGGUAUCCUCCCCAUCAACCUAUGUCCACCCUUCCUCCAGGCCUCUAGGUCUGAACUAUGGCCCGACACUCAGGCCUGCCUUCCCCUCCUUUGCUCUGCUCCCCAGAGGCCUCUCCGCCCGUGGCCAGAGAGCAGAAGGUGGGGAGAGCCACUGUGAUGCCCCCGGGGCCUCAGGGGCCCGCCAUCCCCAUCGCCCCGGGCUCUGCCUGCCUCCCACCGCGCAGGCUGAGGCAGAGGCCUCUAGAGAGGGUGGCUUGGCCCCCAGUGUUGGAGGACCCCAGGCAGUGGCCUUGAACCGUGCCCACCCCUCUCUCCCCACCGCUGCCCACCCGCUUGGCCCCUUCUCUGUUCAGUGCUCCUUCUCCCUGCCCCCUCCCCACUCCCCCUGCCCCCUCCCCACUCCCCCUGCCCUUCCAUUUCUCUCUCCUGGCUGUUGCUGCUUCAGACCAGUGCCUCUUCUGGAUCAAAGCAACAGAGACCCAUGGGCAAAUGCAGACAAUGCUACUCCAGGGCUCUGGGUCUGGGGGUUAACUGGGCAGCUCCCCACCCCUCCCCUGCAGGGGGCACUCGGGCACCGGGCGGACCCAGGCCUUCAGCUCUAUUGGGGGACUGGCCCCUGCCAGCCCAUCUCAGCCCCUUCUCUGCCUCCAACGUGGGCAGUGGGCAGGGUGUAACAGCCUCCUGGAGAGUGAACCGUGAACUAAGCAGCAUCCAACUCCCGAAGACCAGAGCCUGGGGGGAGAGAAGGGUCUCCCCCAUUCUCAGGGCCAGGGCACUUCCUUGGGCUGGGGCGCGGGGAAUCAGCCCCAGACUGGCAGGUGAAGGUAUGAUACAAAAA